AUGUUCGAGGCUCGCAGACUGGACUCACGCGUAGCCUCGAAGGUGGACGAUUUACCCCUUAUUCUGGCUUCUAGCAUUAGGAGCUGGGAGCUGGAGGUUCCUGCGGUGGAUUGGGGAGAUUCUGAAGGGAAUACCGGCGAUCAAGUUGAAAAUGGCGAUGGCGAUGACGAUGACGAUGACGAUGAUGAUGAAGAACUGGCCUGA